AUGGCAAAUUUAAUGUCAAAUGAGAUUGUUCAGCAAGCUGGACAGGUGUGGUUUCCAGACUCAGCUUUUAAAACUGCACAAGUGAUUAAGGACUUCAAACGAGAACGGCUUCCCCUUAUUGUGUUUGCUAACUGGCGAGGGUUUUCUGGUGGAAUGAAAGAUAUGUAUGAUCAGGUUCUGAAGUUUGGUGCCAGUAUCGUAGAUAGUUUAAGGGAGUUCCAGCAGCCUGUGCUCGUUUACAUCCCACCUCAUGCUGAACUCCGAGGUGGCUCGUGGGCAGUAAUUGAUCCUACAAUCAAUCCACUUUACAUAGAACUCUAUGCGGAUCAAGAAAGCAGGGGUGGUGUGCUGGAGCCUGAAGGCACUGUGGAGAUCAAGUUCAGGCGGAAAGACUUGGUGAAGACAAUGAGGAGAAUUGACGCCAUUUAUUCAGGCCUUGCUGACCAGCUGGGUUCUCUAGAGCUUUCUCAGAAAAUCAGGAAGGAGUUAGAAGCCAAAUUGAAAGCUCGAGAAGAGUUCCUGCUUCCAAUUUACCAACAAGUGGCGACCCAAUUUGCCAAUCUUCAUGAUACACCUGGCCGGAUGCAGGAGAAAGGAGUUAUUACGGAUAUCCUCGAGUGGAAGACUGUGCGCUCAUUCUUCUAUUGGCGUCUCCGCCGUUUGCUGCUUGAAGAAACGGUAAAACAAGAAAUAAUAAAAGUCAAUCCAGAGCUGAGUGAUGGCCAUAUUCAGUCAAUGCUGCGGAGGUGGUUCGUAGAGACAGAGGGAACUGUCAAGGCGUACCUGUGGGAUAACAAUCAGAAAGUAGUGGAAUGGUUGGAAAAACAUCUUAAUGAUGAGGAUGAUACUCGCUCUGUAAUACGAGAGAACAUCAAAUAUCUGAAACGUGAUUAUGCAACAAAACACAUUCGCAGCUUGGUUCAGGCAAAUCCAGAGGUUGCAAUGGACUGCAUUAUCCACAUGAUGCAACAAAUCACCCCAGCCCAACGCACACAGAUCACUCAUCUCUUGACAACUAUGGAUGGCCCAGCAUCGCCGUGAGUGAAUGAAACCCAACAGCAUUGACCACUGGAUGUUUUACUUUAGGGAGAUCUGAAUAACAUGCACACCUCACCAUCAUAUUAAAAAUGCUGAGGAACUGUGCCUUUCUCCAGCAUGUGUUGCUGACAUGCCAACAUGAAGACCCUCAAACAGAUAGUAGUAGAAAAACAGUUAUUUGUCUUCAUCACACCAAGUGCCUAAGCAGUUCUUCCUGGCUCUGUGUAUAACAAUGCACCAAAGCAGCAGUUUACCUUUGGACAGGAUGUUGAAAUUUGCUACAUGCUGAUAUUCCAGUGAAAUCCAGUCACAUAUAACCUUCAGGCAUGAUCCUCCAAUUUUCAGCAUUGUAUGUUAAUUCAGCAAGUAGUGCAGGUAAUAAGCUACAGAACUUUUUUCCCUACAUGUCAUCCGAGGACAUUAAGUUCUUCACUGAACUUUGCAGGAGCAUGCUAAUGUCUCUUAGAUUUUUCUUCAGAUGUCUUUGCCUGGGAAGUGCAAUUCACAGAUCAUGUAUCGCACAGAAGUUAAGCCAAAAUAAUCUUUAAAACACUUAUUAAGUACUAAUUGUGAUGACUGAAAUGAAGCUCAGGCAGUCUUGGCUGGUAAACUUUGACCUUAUGCAAAAACAUUACUACAAUGUGUUAUAUGGUGGGGAUCACAUACUGUUAAUAUCUGUAUUUCCCAAGAGGCUAAUAAGAUUGACAUUCACAGUACAAGAUGAAACCUGUCGCAGUGAAUAUAAUCUUUGUGACUCUCAAAUGGUUUCAAAACCAUUGAUGCAUUAAAUAAUUCUUUAAGAACUUCUGCACUUCUGAACUGCUGCAAAUAAAAUCAGUUUUGCAGAUGAACUAGCUACAGUGACUUCUAUCCAAGUGUUAUCUGAGGAGCCAUGUAUAGCCUGGGAGUAUUUGUUACGCAUCUAUCCUUCAUUAGACGCCUUCAGUUGUUCAAUCCAUCUCUGGGCUUUCAUUCACCAGUGAGUUGUUAACAAGCUUGAGACUGUUCCACCUUUUCCUUUUCAACAAGGGAUUGCUUUUUCACCUUCCUUACGGUAGAUGGAAUACAACAGGUCCUGCAUCACCUUUUGAAUCAAGACUAGUAGCUGACAGCUCCCUGUGUGGAGAAUCAAAGAUGAAACCCAUAUUCCAUCUUUCUGGUGCAUUGUAUUGCUAAGGUUGACCCUCAAGACAUAGCUUAACAAACUGGUGAGUUUAAUGCAGACGACAUAUACCAUCCAUCAAUAAUGCCUACUGGUAAGUUAUGGAAGUGUUAAUUAUUGCUGUUUUUUUAUUAAAAUUCUGUUCUAAAAUUUA